GUACACUUUCGGGUCAGCUGAUUCCGACUUCCUGUUUACUCGGAAGUGACGAAAGGCGUAGUCUGGGGAGAUUUUCGUAAUUUCAGAAAUUCUAAGACCACUAUUUCGCCGUUUUAGGCAGCCGACUGGUGUCGUGUACGAGGCUUGUGUUCCAGUUUCUGUAGAAGUUGCAUCAGAUCCAGGAGGAUGACAUCAACAGCGAACGUGCAGCGUUUAGAUGACGUGAGAGAAAAGUCUACAAAAGGUUCUUCUGUGCGACCUGGCACUGACAGAGAGGUGAAACUCUACAGGUGUGAGGAGUGUAGGAAGCAGUUCAGGGAACUGAGCAAUCUGAAGGCUCACAUGCGGACCCACACUGGUGAGAGACCCUACAAGUGUGAGGAGUGCAGCAAGCAGUGUGAGGAGUGCAGCAGGCAGUUUAGUGAGCUGAGUGCUCUAGCGAGACACGUGCGGACUCACACAGGGGAAAAACCCUACAGUUGUGAAGUGUGCAGCAAGCAGUACAGUCAACUGGGUGCUCUGAAGAGACAAAUUCGGACUCACACAGGGGAGAAACCCUUCAAGUGUGAGGAGUGUAGCAAGCAGUUCAGUCAGCCGGGUGACCUGAAGAGACACAUGCGGACUCACACAGGGGAAAAGCCCUUCAAGUGUGAGGAGUGCAGCAAACAGUUCAGUAGGCUGGGUAACCUAAAAUGUCACAUGCGGACUCACACUGGAGGGACCUCCUACUAGUGCGAUACAGGCAGAUCAGUGAACUCGGUAGUCUUCAUUUCAUGAAAGAUUGCGUGGAAACAUGGCCAAUUUUCAACUUUUUUUCGUUGAAUUUUGUAUAUUCUUAAUUACCGUUUGUUGUAAUUCUCUUGGUUGGAAAGGUGCAACUUUUGGUUUAUUUGCUUGUUGAUUUCUUAUGUUUGCUAGUUUCCCAGAUAUCUAGCAAAGUAGUUUUUGUAUGAACUUUGUUUAUCUCAAUGCCCUGAGAUAAACAUGGCUUGUAGUUGGGCAUAACAGUUUGUAACUAGGUAUAAUAGUACGUACAAUAGUAGAACUGGUUGAAAUUGUUGUUGUGUGAAGGAAAAGUUCUUUUGUUACUUGUGUUGUUUACCACUGCAUUUGUUUAUAUCGUUGUACUCAUUUAGGUACACUGCAGUGUUACCGUUAGCAGGUAUCUGUUGUACUUAUCCUAGUUCAUGUAAGUAGAUGAGCUUUUACCUUUUGUCGUUAGAUGUAGUGUUUGUUAUAUAUUAACAUAUAGCAGAUACAAGUUUCGUUUGAAUUAGAAGAGGUCCCUAACUGCCAUAAAGA